UCCGGAGUAACUAGCAGUCCAAAUUUCGGAGUAAAUUAUAUUUUCCAGAUAAUCCAUCCGGGCCUUAAAUUUACGUCGUAUUUUAUAUCUCUGCUCAAAACGCAGUCGGAGGCUUUGAAAUCAGCUCGUCAAAAAUUCCAGUCAGCUCAGAGUUAUUAAAAGGGAAGCUGGAGGGAUAUUACUGAAAAGUCGCUGAGUCGGCUAACGACAGAUACCCCAGCGUUGCGUGUGGCGCCCUCCCUCUUAUGGGGUCGACUACUACGAUGCCGAUGGGGUCACUCAAACCCCCAGAACUGAGCCUCUGCUUUGGUCAAUCCUCUUUGGAUCAGAAUACCAAGAGCAGCUUCGAUUAAUCGAAAAUUUCGAGUGAUUGCAUAAGCAUAAUGCACCAACUUCAAAUCAUUGCGCGGUUCCUAUUUCGGUAUAUAACUGUGAACAAAUAAAAGCAUGAUUUGUGGUGUAAGAGAUAUAAUCCCCUUAAGGAUAACAGAGAAUUUUGCGGAUUGAAAGAAAUAUAGGAAAGACCAAUAAUAAUAAUAAAAUAUGAGUUUUGCAAAGGCCUUCAAACGCAACACUGUUGCACACUUGAUGUUCGCUAUAACGUUUUUCAUUUCUGGCCUAAUGAUAAAUUUCAUCCAGUGUUUAUUGUGGAUUACGCUCAGGCCUCUUUCCAAAUAUCUCUAUCGAAAAAUAAAUUACUACCUCUGCUAUUCAUUUUACUCCGAGUUAGUAUUUAUGGCUGAAUGGUGGUCUGGAACAGACUUAAUAAUAUAUAUCGACAAGGAGGAAUUUGAAAAAUAUUAUGGGCACGAGCAUGGUUAUUUGUUAAUGAAUCACACUUAUGAAAUUGAUUGGCUCAUGGGAUGGAUCUUUUGUGAGCGGAUAAAAAAUCUUGGUAACUGCAAAGCUUACGCUAAGAAAUCAAUUCAAUAUGUCCCAACGCUUGGUUGGGCAUUUAAAUUUGCUGAGGACAUUUUUCUUGAAAGGAAUUGGGAUAAAGAUAAAGACAUUAUCGGACGACAAAUUACGGAAUUGGGUGAUUAUCCGGAUUCAAUGUGGUUGCUUCUUUAUGCAGAGGGUACACGUUUUACCAAAAAAAAACAUGAAGUAAGUGAGAAAUUUGCCAAGGAAAAAGGUUUACCUGUUCUGAAACAUCAUCUUACUCCACGUACAAAGGGCUUUACAGCGAGUUUACCAUUUUUAAAAGGAAAAGUCAAUGCAAUUUAUGAUAUACAAUUGGGUUUCGAUGGAAAAGCAUCAGUGAAGCCAACAAUGACAAACUUAUUACGAGGUGAAAAGUGUGAGGCACAUUUGUACAUUAAACGUAUACCAAUGUCAGAUGUUCCUGAUGAAGAGAAAGAAGCUGCCGCCUGGUUGCACAAGCGAUAUCAAGAGAAAGAUAAAUUGGCGGACAGUUUUAUCAAUACUGGUGAUUUUUUCAUCCAAAGCGGUGUACCAAGACCGGAUACGUUUAGAGUGAAAAGGCGAUAUUACUCCAUGCUUAACACAAUUUUAUGGGCAGUAAUUGUUCUGGUUCCCAUGUUGUACUAUCUUGUUAGUCUGUUGUUAUCAGGUUCUACUUAUUACUUUUCUGCGGGCAUCUUCAUAAUAUUUUUGUUUUAUAUAUUAAUGAAUCAAAUAAUCGGAAUGUCAGAGAUUAGCAAGAGCUCUUCGUACGGUGAAGCGAAUAAGGCAAACUGAAAGUAUCGAAGAGAAGAAUAUAUACAUAUAUAAGUACAUAUGCUCUGGAAAAAAUCACCGUAAAGCUAAAAAUAUUUGGAGAAUAUAUUUAUGCAUAAGAAGUAGUAUACAUAUUGUGGAUAAUAUUAUUAACAGUUCGAUGGUUACAAACUCAUGUAACAUUAAUUUGGUCGCGAUAUUUCGAACGAUAUUUAGUAGCUAAACAAUUUAUUUAUAUUAGUGGAACUGAAAAA